UCUUUCAGUCUCUCUUUGCAGCUUGAUCUUUUGCACGAGCAGGCACAACGAGCUCGCGCCGCGCGGCCACCCGACCAAUUGACUGUCGAAAUCUACCAACCUGGAAGUUGCCUCGUUCUCUCCUAUUGGCACGGGCUUGCGCGCUCCGACUUCCAAGCUACUCUGCUCGCCACGGGAAAACUGCAGCGUUGCUGUAAUGUCACUUAUUGUUGA